GUGGAUGCAGUAUAAAUCAGAAAGCAACAGUUCAUUCAACGUGUAACGUACCCUUUGAAUUAUCAGUCAGUCUUAGUUUUGUCUCUGGUUGAAGAUGUCAGCAUAUAUUUCUGUGUUUAUAAGCGUGAUCGUUUUAGGUUUAACAGCGCAAGUCACCGCGAAUUCACAGUUCACGCUUUAUCAAAAUGGGGAAAGUGUUGACAAAAAAGACGUAUAUCUUAACAGAUAUAAAAGGCAGGAAGCUACGCAUAACAUUUCUACAUACCAAGACGCUGAUCAUAUAUUGUACAAAGAAAUUCCGUUUUUAGUUUUCGUAGAAACUGAAGUGCCGGGAAUUGUAAAUCCAGGGAUAUUAAUAUCAGAAAAUUUUGUUCUGAUACCGGCCCACCUCAUAAAACGAAAUACCAAAGUUACAUUUGUACUUAUCGCUAGAGAACGUUUUACAAUAUCAAAGAAAAUUCGUCAUCCUAUGUACCGUGGGAAACAAAAGCAUUUUGACAUUGGAUUGCUAAAGCUCGAAAAUAACGUCAACUUACAAAGCAAUGUUUUACCCGCUUGUUUAUGGCUGAAUGAUGAAAAAAGCAACGCUGAGUUGAUAGUCGCUAGAUGGAAUCAUCGCGAAGGCAUAUCAUCAUUAACGAAGCAAACGGAGAUUGUUGUAAAAGAUUUUGAAAGUUGCAUUUCCUUCUUUGACCCAAAUAUCCUUGCAGCAAAUAAUAUAUCAUUUUUAGAUCAUCAGAUGUGUAUCGUCAACGAAAUGGAGGACGCAAUGGAUUUGAGUGGUGGACCGUUGUACAUGGAUUUGGUUCAUGACGAUCAUAAUGUUCCAUUUGUGAUUGGAAUAGCUUCAACGGCCACAGGAGCUAAUUUGUACGAAGUCGAUAUAUUCACAAAACUCUCCAAAUUUGGUAAUUGGAUUGCCGAAACAAUGCGCGAGGAAGGUGAAGAAGUAUCGUUUGAACCAUUAGAAUGCGCCAAACGUCAUUUACAGUAUCGACGUCAAAUUAACGGUUCUAAAUUAUUCGAUUCGAGCAACUCUAUUGACUACAUGGUAUCCAUUCACGGCAAUCCAGAUACAAAUCAGACAAUCAAAUGUACUGGAGCAUUAAUCGGAAAAGAUGUCGUGGUCACAUUAGCACUGUGUGUGAUUAAUUUCAUGCCUUAUUCAUCCUAUGUGGUUUUGGACGAUCGAUCAACCAUCAACGUAAAACAUAUCAUCAUACAUCCUAACUACACGGCCAAUACUCUAUAUAAUAAUAUAGCAAUAUUAAAGCUUGUGUCGGAAGCAUCUAUUACUCCCGCUCAAAUAGCAGCAAUUCACUCAAAACAUAAUAAAAUAACCUUGUACGCUACUGACGGAUCAAAAGAUAAGCACUACUUCUCCGUCAAUGGACUUUCACUCAAGUUCAGUGACGGAUGCGUCCUUUCCGACGACCACCGUUUUCUACUCCUAGAAGGAUUGCAGCCGGAGCAUAUGUGUCUUCAAAGCGAGUAUUCACUUGUUCCGGGAAGCUGCGAGGCACACCCAGGUUCACCUGUGUUUUGGGAGCGGUAUAGUACAAAAUACUUGGUAGGGUUGUACAUGGAUGGGAGACACUGUGGCUUUGGAGAACAAGCAAUCGGUCUUUACAUUUAUGAGCAUAAUCUCUGGAUCAAGUCGGUGAUAAAUUCACCAUUAAGCAAGUCACGCGAGUACAUCGAUCCUUUCUUGAAUCUAUCACAUGUAUGUUCGUAUGCAAAUGGAAGGAGAGGUACAUGCGUGAACCAAACGAGCUGUCCUAAUGUGCGCCAACGGAUGGAAAAUAAUUUGCCAAUAUUCUACUGCAAGAACAGAUCAGUAGUUUGCUGUCUCUCAGAUUCUGAAACACAACUGGAAGCGGAACAUGAAAUAACGUUUGCGAUAAAUCGCUGUUAGACACCACUCUUAUUGUAAAUCGACGAAUAAUAUUACACAUAUGAUUAUAUUACCAUGCUUUGUUUACUCAUUAGAUUAUAAGAAACAUAAUCAAACUCUGUAUAAUAUUUCAGGGGAUCAGUUUUGCAAUUUUGCACCAUUAAAACUAAAUAUAAUUUGGCUGAAUGUUCAUCUCAACAUAAAGAUGUUUCUAUUAUUCUCAAUAAAGAGCAUGAAUCCUGUUCAGGCAGAAUUCAGCCACCUUUUUUUAUUUUUAA